GAAAGAAACUUCCGGUAGUGAGUUUGUUUCGUUCCGUUCGACUGUUUAGAGUUUAUUCCUCUUUUUCGACGCACGUUAAUGUUUGCUGACGGACUUUCUAUUUUUCGAUGCCUAAUGUUAGUCCAGCUGGAUCUUCUCCACCUGUGAGUGGACGCGUCAAAGAUCCACAGCAGCUCCACCGACCUGAGACGACAAGCUGCGGCUGGGCUUUUAAAGAGGACGCUCCUCAUCUGGGACUCCCUGAACGGCUGAGCGUGUUGGACCGUGUGGAGGUGGCUGAGGCGAAUCGCUGCCCUGAGCAGCGUAAUACAGGUGAAGCGAAAACCUCUGGAGAUGACGAGCGAGCGUGCGGUCAGCCGAGAAACAGAGAAGAGGUCAUUAAAGAGAUCAGCAUCAGCAGCACGGCUUUCAUCGGCCCCGUGUCUCGACCGCGGCCUGAGCUAGAAGGUGAGUUGAGCGAGUUUUAUAAAGAGCUUGCGCAAAUCCAAAAGCCAGACACUGUAGAUGGGAGUAAGGAGCCUGUAACUCAGUCCUGGCCUCCACCAGACACUGUAGAUGGGAAUAGUCAGAAGAUCGCAUGGUCCUGGGCUUCACCACGCACUGUAAAUGGGUAUAGUGAAAAUAUCUCUCUGCCCUGGGCUCAAUCGAUCAACCCACCGGUCAUAAAAGAGAAGUGGAACAAUCACAGGAACACCUACAGGCCUUAUCCAGGUUCUCGGCCACAAACAGACUACAGGAACACACCACAGUGGAGACCUCGGGUUCAUGAUUGGUCAAACCUACACAGAUUUCAAAAUCAGUGGCAGGUUCCUCCACCAAACGUCUACUUCUAUCCUCCACCUCGACCUGGAGAUCACACACACCCACCGUACUCCCAGCCUCACAGACACCAGUGCACUCAGCCUACUGCUGCACGCUUCCAGCUCAGUCCUGAUGCCACACUCGCUUCAUCUCCCAGCCCUGCAUCUUAUACUCCAUACGAAGCCUUUGAAAGACGGUACUACGAGGAGCAGAAUUCUCAGGAUGUGAACCAGCGCACACGUAACGACGACCCGGUGUUGAUUUUGAUGAGAGGAGUCCCAGGUUCUGGGAAAUCAACUCUGGCUAGGCAGAUAUCAUCCAGAGGUCCACAUGGACUGAUCCUCAGCACGGACGAUUAUUUCUACCAGAAGGACGGCUACCACUUCGAUCCAACUCUCCUCGGAGACGCGCACGACUGGAAUCACGACAGAGCCAAACAAGCCAUGCUGGAAAUGCGUACACCGAUUAUUAUUGACAACACAAACAUUCGAGCCUGGGAAAUGAAACCGUACGUCACUGCGGCUUUAGAGAUGAGGUACAGAGUGGACUUUGUUGAGCCGGACACCAGCUGGAAGUGUGAUCCUGUGGAGUUAGAAAAGAGGAACCAUCACGGAGUCUCGAGGGAAACUAUAGCGAAAAUGCUGGACCGAUUCGAGCUUCCCAUCAGCGUGGACAUCGUGAUGAAUUCCUAUGAACCUUCUCAUAAAAGAAUAGAGCAUCAUUCCAGACAUUAAAGAUUAAAGACACAAAAAACGGACUUGAAAACUUUUAAAAGGAAAUGAACGUAUUUUUUGUGUGAUUAUAAAGACUCUCUGUUCUGAUCUGUUUUAUUGUUUUAUUUAAACUUUAUGACUGGAAAUUAAAAUUAGUCAUUAAUAUUAAUGAUGCCAAUGAAGUAAGUCUUUUUUAUUUUUUUAUUUUAAGAAACUUUGGUCAUAGGUCUUUAGAAAAUCUUUAUAGAUCUUUAGAAAUAUUUCUUUUUCAUUUGAAGCAGUUGUUUUUCUUUUUGAAAGCUUUGUAUGGAUCAACUGAUUUCCUUUUCUAUGUAAAAUCCAACUGUAACUUCAUUUUAUAUACCUAUUAAUUACCAAGAGCUUGCUUUACUUUCUCCUUCCUCGGUAGAACGAUUAUCUGAU